GAACCAUUUGACUACGCGGGUCUUUCCCCUACUGCGUUACUCCCCUCCAGCUCAUCAGCAAUGGAAAUAUUUAGAAAAUAUUUAGGUGGUUCGACGGAAUCAGACGAGGUUGUUGGAGCUGAUAUUGUGGAUAAGCUUGUAGAUCGCUACCAGUCUUCAACUAGAAUUGAUGACAAGAGGGAUGCUUUACGGGCCCUGAAAGCGAUUUCUAAGAAGUACCGAUUGGAGGUUGGAACCCAAGCAAUGAUUAUCUUCUCUUCAGUCCUGAAAAAUGAUUGGGAGGAUUCGGAUUGUGUAUGUUACGCCUUGGAAGGCCUUUAUUCUGUGAUGAACGAUGAAAUAAGCGAACAAGUUGAACCUCAUGAGUUAGUCAAUAUACCAACUGACCUGGGUGUACAGUUCACGGAAAUGUAUAUGAAGAACACUGAGAAUUACCAAACUUUAUUGUCACUUUUGGAUGCACCUGAGAGUUUUAUUCGACGGAACGCUAUGCGGUUGCUUACAGUGCUUUCUAUCAAUCGUCUAAAAGAUACUCAAAAUGCUCUCCUUCAGUGUCGUACCGGAGUUUCAAAACUUGUGGAUAUACUUUCAGACACUCAUGAAGUUUUACGGAAUGAUGUCAUACUUCUUCUAACGGAACUCACCAAAGCAAAUGCUAACAUCCAGAAAAUAGUAGCCUUUGAAAAUGCUUUCGAUUGGUUACUGAAAAUCAUAUAUUCUGAAGGUCUGUGUGAUGGUAGUGUGGUUGUAGAAGAUUGUCUUCGUUUAUUAUUUCAAUUGUUAGACGGUAAUCCAUCUAACCAAGUCUUGUUUGCAGAAGGGAAUUUUAUUCAGCGUCUUUCGCUUUUAUUUGACUUGCAUUCUACUGAAAGUACACAGUCACACCUUUGGUCUGCACAGAAAGUUGUCAAUGCGGAGGUAGCUAUGCAGGUUGUUCAAACCUUGGUAGCGCCUUGUAAUAAAGCUCAAUUAACGCGAAACUGCCAGAAUGUGAUUUAUGAUUGUGGUCUUCUAGAAAAACUAUGUAAUAUUGUGAUGAUUAGUGGUGUUCCAGCAGAUGUCCUAACAAAAUCAAUCUAUGCUUUAGCGGACUCAAUACGUGGAUGCCCAAGAAAUCAAGAAUAUUUAGCAAAUUUAGUUACACCUUCAGAGCCCCCUCAAUCUGCUGUGAAUGUGCUACUCGUAUCUAUGUUAAAUAAGCAUCAAUCUGUAGUUGUGCGUGUAGCUGCGCUAUACUGCUUUCAAUGUUAUCUUGCUUCCAAUCAUCAAGGACAGAAUGCAAUUGUGAUGACAUUGCUGCCUAAACCUAAUGAUGUUCCACAGCUUGGUGUUAGCGCUGGUCAGUUGCUUUGUGGAGGAUUGUUUUCCGGUGAUUCAUCAGCUUGGUUUUCUUCAAUAGCUCUUCUUCAUUGUAUCCAUGAUAAUGUACAGCUUAAAGAAGAACUUUUGCGCGUACAUUUAUCUCCUAAUGAAGGAGCUCUACCUGUUACCCUUUUUCAUCAGUGCUUUAUAUGGCAACAACAGUGUAAUCGUUUUCAAACCCGCAUGGGUUUACUGCAAUUAUUAUGUACUUGGUUCACAAACUGUUCUGAAGCAAUAAGAUGUUUUUUAAAUCCAUCAUCCGGUACAGGAGAUGAUCGGACAGAAUCAGUGAAUCGUGGCUCGUAUUUAUGGACGUUUAUUGCAGAAGCAUGCGCAGUGGAUAAUGACGAAAAUGAAGCAUUAGUUCACGGUUUGACUACAUUAUUAGUUUGCAUCUGUGUAAUUUACAAUCCUGGGAAUGUAAAUGGAUUUGAAAGAUCAACAUUAUAUAAUGCCCUGGAGAAACGCAUCGGGAUAGAUAUGAUUUUAGAACGUCUAAGUCAAAUAUCCAAAGCUGAAUCAUUUAUUACAGCUUCAAAAAAACCUCAAAUAUCUGUUCAGUCUACUGAUGAUUUAAUAUUUGAUUAUACAUUUACACGUUUAUUCAAACGAUUAGAAUAUGAAGUAAUGCAUACAUUCCAGUUGGACAGUAGUAUUAAUGGAGUAAAGAAUUGUACUUCAUUUAGUGAUAAUCACCAAAAUAGUAAACCCGUUGAUCCUACAAUUACAACAAUAAGUAAACGAUAUGACGAGAAGCUGGCAAGACAGGAGAAUGAGAUAACAAUGUUGCGUAAUCGUAUAAGUGAAUUAGAAUCUCAGCUGAAUACUUGUCGUUCUACAAUUAAUAGUAAUACUCCAACUGAUGCAAAACAGAAUAACAUGGUCAAUGAAGAUCAACUACAAAAAUUAACCAUAACUGACAAUGUUACUAUUCAAAAUUUAGAACAGAAGUGUUUAAUGCUUGAAAAAGAACGUGAUAAUCUACGUGGUGAACAUGAAGAUUUAUUAUUACUUUUAAAUGAUCAAGAUGUAAAAAUUAUGAAAUUGUGUAAACUUGUUCGAGAGUUAGGCGGUCUUUCCUCAAUAUCAAUGGAAAGGUUCAGAUAACCAAUAUGUAUCAAUUAGAAUUCACUCCACUCUAUUUAAAACUUUAACGUUUUUCCAGUCGAAUGUGUGUCCACGGUUGUCCAUAUGCAUUAAUAUAAGCGACGAUAUGUGAUGUUACCAUGACAAAUCUGGAAAAUCAUGGGCAAGUAUCGGACGAAGAAUCAAAUUAAAAAGAUGCAAUCAAAACAAAGAAGUAGAAAACGAUGGGUUAAAGGUCAACAAUAACCAAUCAAGAUCGAGGUCGACAGAACAAGCUGUGAAUCAUAUGUAGAGGAAUUCGAACAAUUCUACCUGAAGUUUGUGCUGAUGAUUUUGUUCAAAAGAACAAUGAAAGAUUCACUACCAAACUAUCCAGCUCAGAGAACAAAACUUUACCAAAAUCAUCCGCCUGAGCUAAAAAUCUCCAUAAUCUUAUUUGUUCCGUUAUAACAUAAUAAUUUCAUUCAUUAUUCAGUUUGUUCUACUUCUAGUGUAGUAUCAUUAAAUUCAGUUCUGAUUGCGGUAUUUUUGUUUUGAUUAAGUCAAUGAACGGUUAUCAACUACUUUAUUUUCCUGUCGAGAGAAUAUAAUUUAUUCAAUAAGCCAACUAACAUUCUAUUAUGACACAUUUCGUUUAGCAGUAUGCUUUUUGGUGUACGUGUUACUCACUUAGUUUAACUUUACUGGUACUAAUCAAUCAAGUAACUUUUAAAGUUCCGUUGUCCACUUGGAAACUUUUUACUAAGUUCAGGUGAUUUUACAUCAUCUUUAUCACAUUAUUUCUGAAAUCACUAAAUUUAUCUAAUAAAUUAUCAGUAAUUCUACAUGUAGAGUGAAUUUGUUCAACUUAGAUGUUCUAGUAGCGAAGGAUAUCAAAUCCGCGUUACAGAAAUGUUAUUAUCAAAGAUACUAAAUCACAUCUAGUCUUUGAAUUAAAAAUAGUACUUAAUGAUUUUCAAUGUUAACAACAACAUUAUAAGAGCUAGAAAAAUCAACGAUGUAUUCUUUUGUAUCCAGUUUCUAGUUAUGUCUGUUUUGUUAAAGCUAUAAAAUAUAACAAGUUUUCUUUACAUUUUUCAAGAAAAAAAUAUACUAAUUUAUUUUGUUGUAUUUUAAAAUUAUUUCUUUUGCCAGAUACCAAACGAUAUUGAAUUAAAUAAUGUUAGUGAUUCACAAAUUACAGAUAAUCAUCAUAAUCAAUUAAGUAAUGAAAAUACUAAUCAAUCAUUAUCCACAUUUCAAACAAUUCCUUCAACUUUUCAACCAGAUACAUUACAGUGUCCAACAAAUUUCUCAUUUACAACUUCUGAACUAACUUUAUCAUCUAAUUCAAUAAAUAUUUCAACACCAUCAUUAUAUUGUGUUUAUGAUGAUAAUAAAUUACUUCAUACAUCACCAUCUCCAUUAUUAUCUCAUACUAAUUCUAUACAAAAUGUAAUCAUGUCAACAACAGUAACAACAAGUCAAUAUUACUGUCCACAAGUAUAUUUUAAUGCUGUAACACAAAACUAUCCAUGUUCACCAUCAUCUACUUCAGUAACAUUGUAUUCUACUAAUAAUUAUCCAAUGAUAUCAUCGAAUUCAUUGAAUAAUGAUCAUUUGAAUUCAUAUACAAAUACACAAUAUUUUAAUGUUAAACAAUAAUAAAACAUUAAUUGAAAAGAAUACAUUUUAAAACUUCUAAUAUUACACAUGAAAUAAUUGUACAUUACUUUAAUGCAUCAUAUGAUGCCUACGGUUUUUUCUUAUUUGAUUCAUUCCUCUAUGAAUAAAUGAAUAGAAACAUAUUUUUUAUGUAUAAAUGCGUUAGUUCAUCUUAUUUGAUUGUUAAUUUGUUUAACUUUCUUUUUACUUUGAUUUUCUUUUCUUUUUUAUUUGAUGUUUUAGGUUCGCUGUUUCCGCUUUUUUUUCCCUAAAUAACAACCCCAAAAUAUUGUGUUGUGCUUAUGAUUGUAUCUUCAACUUCUUUUCUUCUUCUUCUCCUCAAUAUUUUCUAAUAUAAAAAGUUGUUUGUUCUCAAGAAAAGGAAUAAAUUUUUUUAAGAAAAAAAAAAGAUUUAUACGUAGAUAGUUGUAGGGUAGGGUCAACGUUGAAAUUUGGACUGUUUUUACUGAUUGUAUACACUCAAUAAUUAGUUGUUCUGGUCUCCUGUUUAUCUAUAUUCCAUGGAUUGUAGUGGUGUGUUUUUUUUCUGGUUGAUUUGUGCUCUAUUGAGUAAUUUACUUGGAUAAGAUGAUAUUGUUUUUAAAUUUAACUGGUUCUUCAUUCAACUCUGUUAAUUUCUUAUAAGAGGGAAAUUCAUGUUCGUCGUUAAUUAACCAACGAUGUAUGUAUGCUAAAGACAAUAUUUCGUAAAAUAUGCGUGUGCUUUUG